AUGACUGUUUUGAGCAGCUGCACUGGGACAGUGUCGUGGAUGCACCCCAGCCAGGAGCUCAGCCGCGUGCAGCUGCUCACUCCCCUGGAGUGGGAUGAGGGAGACAAUUGCAAGCAGGAACAAGACCUCUCACCAGUAAACUUAUUUCAGACUUUUAAUGCAGAUGGCAGUGCAGUAAAUAUUUUUCUCCUCUCUUCUAGUUCCCGUGUGUUUUCACAUCAAGAUUCCCUGCAAAGAAAUGGUUGGCAUUAUGACAGUGAUGUGAAGCCACAAUUUAACGUAAAUCAAGUAGAAAUUGCACAGGUUGUCAGCUACAACUUGAGCAGGAAAGGACAGUGGGAAAGAGCAUCCUGGAGGCCGUUCGCCCACAGUCAUUACAGCCCUCUCAAUGUCACAGUUAAUGGCAUCCCCUGCAUUCUCUUCUGGGCCAAGAGGAUCAUGAUUAAGUUUGAAAACAACACACAGCUGGAUUUGACAGAGAAAACAUUUGGUGUCCAUGCAACAGUGGAUGUUGGAGACUCAAACUGCAGUGAAGACAAUGCAAUGCUUUCUCUGAAGUUUGGUGACAUUGGCAACCUAAAGGGACUUGUUAUUAGAUUCUUACUAACAACCAGCUAUUACCAGUUGUCUGUUCAGAACUGGUUCAGUUUACACAGGCUGCAGCUUCUCUACAACCACUCCAUACAAGCAACGUUUAAUGCAACCAGAAUAUAUGCACCGGCAAGUUACUCCUACCACUGUGAACAUGUGAGCAGCUUGCAGAGAUAUGAUGCGCUCCUCAUACCCAGCUCUGCAAAUGAUCUUUCGAAGCUUUGGGAAGUCACUUUUACUGAUUUUCAGAUUCAAGGUUUUAACAUCCAAGAAGGACAUUUUGCCUAUGCGAAGGACUGUGCAUCCUUUUUCUCUCCAGCAAUACUUAUGGGAUUGGUUAUGUCACUAAUUCUGCUUCUGGUUCUUGCCUAUGCUCUUCAUAUGUUGAUUCACCUGAAAUCUCUUGAUAGGCAUUAUGAAUGCAAAGCUUCUCCUGCCUAUUUUGCACAGAUAAAGGACAAUGACAUGGGGGAUGAGAAAGAGCCACUGAGAAGCAGUGGAAAUGAUUCCUAUGAACUUAGAAACCAACAGUUCUGUAAAAUCUAUAUUUAA